AUGCUGGUGGCGAUCGGAGCGUGCUAUUUUGACACUGUUCUCACAACUUCACACUAUCCAGCAGAAGACGAGAAGUUGCGGGCAUCCAGUGUGACUCGUCGACGAGGAGGUAAUUGUCCAAACACAUUGGAAGUACUGGGCCAACUGGUCUCGGAAGAUGACAUAGAGCACGAGUUUCCCCUUGAGCUUAUCACAGUACUACCGGCGCGGUCGUCGCAAGCAUCACAAAGGAUCAUCUCUGAGUUCAGCCCACGUGUCGGCCUUGAGAAUUGCGUCUAUCGAGAGGACCACAAAGAGCCAGCUUCGUGCUACAUCAUCCGAAGCAAAGCCACUGGUAGCCGAACGAUUGUCAACUACAACAAUCUUCCCGAGGCCACUCAGGAAGAACUUAUUGAAAGAAUUGACUUGCUGAGUCCGAGAGCUUCAUGGUUCCAUUUUGAAGGCCGAAUGCCUGACUUGACCCUAAAAUCCAUACGUUACAUACGCAAGCACUUACCAGCCACCAAAAUAAGUGUGGAGAUGGAACGGCCCGGUCGGCCAGGUCUUCAGGCACUGGCCCAAGAGGCUGAUGUUGUGUUCUACGCGAGAUCAUGGGCUCUGGGCGCUGGACAUUCUACGGCGGAGGAAUGCUUGCAUGCCGAAGCUGCUUUGACACCCACAGCGUCCUUGCUGUGUUGCACCUCGGGCGAAGAAGGCGCAAGUGCGCUGCAGCCCAGCGAUGGUACCUUUGCACAUGCGCCUGCUCAUACUACGGAGAACUUUCAAGUCGUCGAUCCAAUUGGUGCAGGCGAUACGUUCAUUGCUGGCAUGCUUUAUUCGCUAGCUCGCAGAGAUCCAGACUGGGAUCUUACUCAAAAGCUCGCGUUUGCGAAUCGCCUCGCAGGGACGAAGGUUUCCCAAGAGGGAUUUUCGGGGUUGUAUCGUGUACUGGCAUCUAUCGUGUGA